CCAAGCGAUGAAAUGAAAUCUCACCGGGUAUAUUUUCUUAAAUCUCCAUCAUCCUCUCAUUGAUCCAGAAGCCUGAUAUUCUGAACUGAUAGCAUUAGAGGAGAAUAGCAUUUCCUAGGGAUAUCGAUGGCAAUGGAGAAAGAUCUCAAUCCGAAUUCUCCAAGAAUUAGAAAGCUAAAGGAUAAUAGUUAUCCUAAUACACCAACCUCUAGAAUGAGUAAUAACCAGAGAGAUAACCAUUAUCACAACGUUCCCAAUUCACCAAGGGAUUACAAUUAUACUCCUAGCUCUCCAACAGCUCGCAUUCGCCACCGUAGGCGAUCCAACGAGAUCCCAGCUGAGGUGAACAGAAGCAAUGUAAGCAAUCUGUUACUUGGUGAUAAGAACAAGUACAGAUCAAUGUGGAUAAGGACAUGCUCGUCUCUCUGGAUGCUCGGAGGAGUCGUGUUUAUAAUCUACAUGGGUCAUCUCUACAUCUGGGCUAUGGUUGUGGUUAUACAGAUAUUCAUGACCAGAGAGCUUUUCUUUCUUCUCAGAAGAGCUCACGAAGAGCGUCGAUUACCCGGUUUCAGGCUCUUGAAUUGGCACUUCUUCUUCACUGCUAUGUUGUUCGUCUAUGGACGCAUACUUCAACAGCAGCUAGUCAACACUGUUUCUUCUGAUAGAUUCAUCUACAAGCUUGUUAGUGGUCUUAUCAAGUACCAGAUGGUUAUUUGCUACUUCUUGUACAUUGCAGGUUUCAUGUGGUUUAUCGUUACAUUGAAGAAGAAAAUGUACAAGUAUCAGUUUGGGCAAUACGCUUGGACGCAUAUGAUCCUUAUCAUUGUGUUUAUUCAGUCUUCUUUCACCGUCGCCAAUAUUUUCGAAGGGAUCUUCUGGUUUCUUCUUCCAGCUGCUCUUAUUGCUAUGAACGAUGUAGCAGCUUAUUUCUUCGGUUUCUAUUUCGGGAAAACUCCUCUCAUCAAGUUGUCUCCAAAGAAAACAUGGGAAGGUUUCAUCGGAGCAUCGGUGGCAACCAUAAUCUCUGCGUUUUUUUUUGCAAAUGUCAUCGGCCAAUUCCAAUGGUUCACAUGUCCAAGGAAGGAUUUAUCGACCGGUUGGCUUCACUGUGAUCCAGGCCCUCUGUUCAGGCCAGAGUAUUACCCAUUGCCUUCUUGGAUUGCUCCAUUUUCUCCAUGGAAAGAGAUCUCAAUUCUACCCGUGCAAUGGCACGCUUUCUCUCUCGGCCUAUUCGCAUCCGUUAUAGCACCUUUUGGUGGUUUCUUUGCAAGCGGUUUCAAAAGAGCUUUCAAGAUCAAGGAUUUCGGAGACAGCAUACCGGGACAUGGAGGAUUUACUGACAGAAUGGAUUGCCAAAUGGUUAUGGCGGUUUUCGCAUACAUCUACAUCCAAUCGUUCAUUGUUCAUCAGGACUACAGUGUCGAGAUGAUCCUAGACCAGAUAUCGAGGAGUCUAGGACAUGAGGAGCAGAAAAUGCUUUAUGUAAAGCUCGGAGAUAUUCUUCGACACAAAUUGAAGGCCGGGUUUUAAGAAGACGAAAGUGAUGAGUAUAGGUUUUUGUGACUGUUUUCAGUUUAUGUCCUUUUGGUUAGUUUAUGGUUGUAUCAGACCAUGGGAAACCUUUAAUGUAUCUGAUUAACUUAUCAAAAGAGACUUGGUAGAGUGUGUG